AUGGAAAAGCGUCGUGAAACGUCCAGAUUCGCAGCGAGAGAUCGACGAGGCAAAGAAUCAGAAAUAUUCAGUGAUCUUCGAGCUGUGGUCCCUAUAGUCGAUGAGGGCACUGUCACACACUUGGAUCGAAUAGCCGUCUUACGUGUCAGUUCCGCAUGGUGUCGGAUACGAAAAACGGCCCCAAAUGUUUUGAAACCGGUGGAAGUCGGACCAGAAUUAACUCCAAUUGGCAAGGAGCUAUGGUGUGAGGACACGGUUACAGAGACCCUCGAUGGUUUUAUAAUUAUUGCGGACAGCGAUGGCACCAUCCUUUGUGUGACCGAAAGUGUCUGCUUGUACCUCGGGCUUAGCCAGGUUUGUGUUCUUUCCUGUUCAGACUUUUAA